UUUUAAAAACACAGGAGUGUAGUAAGUAGAUAAAAUGACGGAAGAUGUGUUGUUACUUGUUUUUUUUAUUCGAAAUUUCCGAGACUAUUAAGCCAUUUGGGAGACAAAUGUACUUCUGCUAGCAAAUCAAAAGUGAAUAAUUCCCCCCCACCCCUGGGGUGGGGUGGGGGACGUUUCUGGAGAAAGUUAAGUUUUUGUCUUGGGGCAAGAAUAUUGAGAGUAAGAAAGUUAAUAUGUUGGUGAAAUCUUUGAAUAAUCAUGUAACAGAUCAUGUAAAAAGACAUUCUUUGGAAAUGAAUCUUUUUAAAAAUUAACUUUGCUGUUGACAGUCACAAUGGCAAUAAUGUUAACACGGAAUAAAAUUACACCUAGAAUUUUUAUGUGCAGUAUAUGCAAUACUUAACUCCCUGCCCCCGCAAAAGGGAAUGCUUGAGAGCUAAGGGGAUAGAUGCUUCUUGACUUUGAAAUUAACAAGUUUUCCACGUCUUUCUGCAAAUAUGAAAUGGGACUGGUGUUGCAUUUCACUGGCUUCAUCCUAUUUCCUUUAUUAAAUAUUUCUCUGGUGUGUCAGUAGACCUGCCUUUUUUUUUUUUUUACUAGUCAAGAAAACAAACAAACAACAAAAGACCAAUCAGAAACCAAACCAAACAACCAAUCUAACAAACAAAACAAAAACCCCAACUCUUUACUAUUUUGCAAUGUACAUUGUAUUGAUAUUUAUGUGCCUUCUCAACAUCUGGGAAGGGGAGAAAUCUCAAGUUGCAUUUGAGUUAUGCAGUCUUCAGAGCUGAAGAAACAUCUUAAAGUUUGUAAUUUUAUAAGUGCCAAAUUGUAUAAAAUUUGUCCUUAUCACUAGACAAGGGAUUUAAGUGCAGACUUUUUUUUUGUUGUUGUUGUUAGUGUGAAGAAGUGUCCUUGAAAAAUUUGUGUGUGUGUAUGUGUGUGUGUGUGUGUGUGUGUGUGUGUGUAUUUAGCAAUUACUGCCUUUAUCUCCUGGCUCUAUUUUUCUUUUUUAAAUUGUGGAACUACUUAUUGCCCUUCAAUUGCCCCAUGGCCAAGGGCUUAUUCAUAGUGCCCCUUGACUACAGCCCUUUUGAGCACUGGGUUCUUCUUGAAGUUUAUGAUCUUAGAUGAGUUUUGCAAUGUGAAGUUCUGCAUAGAUGCCAGUCAACCAGAUGUAGGAAGCUGGCUCAAGUACAUCAGGUUCGCUGGCUGUUAUGAUCAGCACAACCUCGUUGCAUGCCAGAUAAAUGAUCAGAUAUUCUAUAGAGUAGUCGCAGACAUUGCGCCGGGAGAGGAGCUCCUGCUGUUCAUGAAGAGCGAAGACUAUCCCCAUGACACUAUGGCGCCCGAUAUCCAUGAAGAACGGCAAUAUCGCUGUGAGGACUGUGACCAGCUCUUUGAAUCCAAAGCGGAACUAGCAGAUCACCAAAAGUUCCCAUGCAGUACACCUCACUCAGCAUUCUCCAUGGUGGAAGAGGACUUUCAACAAAAACUCGAAAGUGAGAAUGAUCUCCGAGAGAUACAUACCAUCCAGGAGUGUAAGGAAUGUGACCAAGUUUUUCCUGAUUUGCAAAGCUUGGAGAAACACAUGUUGUCACAUACUGAAGAGAGGGAAUACAAGUGUGAUCAGUGUCCCAAGGCAUUUAACUGGAAGUCCAAUUUAAUUCGCCACCAGAUGUCACAUGACAGUGGAAAGCACUAUGAAUGUGAAAACUGUGCCAAGCAGGUUUUCACGGACCCUAGCAACCUUCAGCGGCACAUUCGCUCUCAGCACGUUGGUGCCCGGGCCCACGCUUGCCCGGAGUGUGGCAAAACGUUUGCCACUUCAUCAGGCCUCAAACAGCACAAGCACAUCCACAGCAGUGUGAAGCCCUUUAUCUGUGAGGUCUGCCAUAAAUCCUAUACUCAGUUUUCAAACCUUUGUCGUCAUAAGCGCAUGCAUGCUGAUUGCAGAACCCAAAUCAAGUGCAAAGACUGUGGACAAAUGUUCAGCACUACGUCUUCCUUAAAUAAACACAGGAGGUUUUGUGAGGGCAAGAACCAUUUUGCGGCAGGUGGAUUUUUUGGCCAAGGCAUUUCACUUCCUGGAACCCCAGCUAUGGAUAAAACGUCCAUGGUUAAUAUGAGUCAUGCCAACCCGGGCCUUGCUGACUAUUUUGGCGCCAAUAGGCAUCCUGCUGGUCUUACCUUUCCAACAGCUCCUGGAUUUUCUUUUAGCUUCCCUGGUCUGUUUCCUUCCGGCUUGUACCACAGGCCUCCUUUGAUACCUGCUAGUUCUCCUGUUAAAGGACUAUCAAGUACUGAACAGACAAACAAAAGUCAAAGUCCCCUCAUGACACAUCCUCAGAUACUGCCAGCUACACAAGAUAUUUUGAAGGCACUAUCUAAACACCCACCUAUAGGGGACAAUAAGCCAGUGGAGCUCCAGCCCGAGAGGUCCUCUGAAGAGAGGCCCCUUGAGAAAAUCAGUGACCAGUCAGAGAGUAGUGACCUUGAUGAUGUCAGUACACCAAGUGGCAGUGACCUGGAAACAACCUCGGGCUCUGAUCUGGAAAGUGACAUUGAAAGUGAUAAAGAGAAAUUUAAAGAAAAUGGUAAAAUGUUCAAAGACAAAGUAAGCCCUCUUCAGAAUCUGGCUUCAAUAAAUAAUAAGAAAGAAUACAGCAAUCAUUCCAUUUUCUCACCAUCUUUAGAGGAGCAGACUGCGGUGUCAGGAGCUGUGAAUGAUUCUAUAAAAGCUAUUGCUUCUAUUGCUGAAAAAUACUUUGGUUCAACAGGACUGGUGGGGCUGCAAGACAAAAAAGUUGGAGCUUUACCUUACCCUUCCAUGUUUCCCCUCCCAUUUUUUCCAGCAUUCUCUCAAUCAAUGUACCCAUUUCCUGAUAGAGACUUGAGAUCGUUACCUUUGAAAAUGGAACCCCAAUCACCAAGUGAAGUAAAGAAACUGCAGAAAGGAAGCUCUGAGUCCCCCUUUGAUCUCACCACUAAGCGAAAGGAUGAGAAGCCCUUGACUCCAGUCCCCUCCAAACCCCCAGCAACUUCUGCUGCAAGCCAAGACCAGCCCCUGGAUCUAAGCAUGGGCAGUAGGAGUAGAGCCAGUGGGACAAAGCUGACUGAGCCUCGAAAAAACCAUGUGUUUGGGGAGAAGAAAGGAAGUAACGUGGAAGCAAGACCAGCUUCAGAUGGUUCCCUGCAGCAUGCCAGACCCACCCCCUUCUUUAUGGACCCUAUUUACAGAGUAGAGAAAAGAAAGCUAACCGACCCACUUGAGGCUUUAAAAGAGAAAUACUUGAGACCUUCUCCUGGAUUCUUGUUUCAUCCACAAUUCCAACUGCCUGAUCAGAGAACUUGGAUGUCAGCUAUUGAAAACAUGGCAGAAAAGCUAGAGAGCUUCAGUGCCCUGAAGCCCGAGGCCAGCGAGCUUCUCCAGUCGGUGCCCUCUAUGUUCAACUUUAGAGCACCUCCCAAUACUCUGCCUGAGAACCUACUGCGGAAGGGAAAAGAGCGUUACACCUGCAGAUACUGUGGCAAGAUUUUUCCAAGGUCUGCAAACCUAACACGACACUUGAGAACCCACACAGGAGAGCAGCCGUACAGAUGCAAAUACUGUGACAGAUCAUUUAGCAUAUCUUCCAACUUGCAGCGGCAUGUUCGCAACAUCCACAAUAAGGAGAAGCCCUUUAAGUGUCACUUAUGUGACAGGUGUUUUGGUCAACAAACCAAUUUAGACAGGCACCUAAAGAAACAUGAAAAUGGGAACAUGUCUGGCUUUCUGCUCCAUUCAGGUACAGCAACCUCGUCACCUCACUCUGAACUGGAAAGUACAGGUGCGAUUCUGGAUGAUAAAGAAGAUGCUUAUUUCACAGAAAUCCGAAAUUUCAUUGGGAACAGCAACCAUAGUAGCCAGUCUCCCAGGAAUGCAGAGGAGAGAAUGAAUGGCAGUCACUUUAAGGAUGAAAAGGCUUUGGUGACCAGUCAAAAUUCAGAUUUACUGGAUGAUGAAGAAGUAGAAGAUGAAGUGUUGUUAGAUGAAGAUGAUGAAGACAAUGAUCUGACUGGGAAACCCAGAAAGGAAUCAGUGGCAAGUAAUUUACAUGAAGGAAACACUGAGGAUGACUUUGAAGAAGCCAGUGGUCUGGAGAUGAGCUGUAAGACAUCCCCAGUGAGGUAUAAAGAGGAAGAAUAUAAAACUGGACUUUCUGCUCUAGAUCAUAUAAGGCACUUCACAGAUAGCCUCAAAAUGAGGAAAAUGGAAGAUAAUCAAUAUACUGAAGCUGAGCUGUCUUCUUUUAGUACUUCCCAUGUGCCAGAGGAACUUAAACAGCCGUUACACAGAAAGUCCAAAUCACAGGCAUAUGCUAUGAUGCUGUCAUUGUCCGACAAGGAGUCCCUCCAUUCUACAUCCCACAGUUCUUCCAACGUGUGGCACAGCAUGGCAAGGGCUGCUGCGGAAUCCAGUGCCAUCCAGUCCAUCAGCCACGUAUGACAUCACCAAGGUUGACCAGAGUGGGACCAAGUCCAACAGUAGCAUGGCUCUUUCAUAUAGGACUAUGUACAAGACUGCUGAGCAGAAUGCCUUAUAAACCCGAAGGGUCACUCAUUUAAAGUCUGGUGACCUUAAACUGAAAUGAUAAAAGAAAAAAGAAAGAAAGAAAAAGGAAACUAUUUAUUCUCAAUAUUUUGUUUUGCACAGCAAAGGCAGCUGCUGACUUCCGGAGGAUCAGUUUGGCUUAAAAUGAGUCAAGGAAAACCUUGCUGGGCAGAAGGCACCUUCUAGUUCCCCCUGCCCUAGGGUGUGGAUGGGUGAGAGGGGCAGUUGAGCUGGCAGCAUUGAUACGAUGAACACUCCAUAGAAACUGAAUUCUUGUUUGUACAAGAUCACCUGACAUGAUUGGGAACAGUUGCUUUCAAUUACAGAUUUUUAAGUUUUUUUUUUUCCUUUGUUAAAGUUUUAUGUAAUUUAACCCUUUGAAGAUGGAAGUAGUUGGAUGAAAUGCACAGUCAAUUAUUAUAGAAAUUGAUAACAGGGAGAAAUUGUUCCACAAUUAACUUUUGCCUUCUUAAGUACAUUGUUUAAAACUAGGGGAAAAGGGUAUGUGUAUAUUGUAAACUAUGGAUGUUCAUGCUCAAAGAGGUUAAGUCAGUGACCUAACCCAUUCAUCACCAAUACCGCUGUACCACUAAUAAAAUGUUUGCCAAAUCCUUGUAAUAACAUCUUAAUUUUAGACAAUCAUGUCACUGUUUUUUAAUGUUUAAAUUUUUUUGUGUGUGUUGCGUGUAUCAUGUAUUUAUUUGUUGGCAAACUCUGUUUGUUGAUUAAAAUAGCACUGUUUCAGUCAGCCACUAUUUUAUGACGUCUGAGGCACACCCCUUUCUGAAUUUCAAGGACCAAGGUGACUCGACCUGUGUAUGGGAGUGCCAAAUGGUGUUUGGCUUUUCUUAACAUUCCUUUUUUUGUUGUUGUUGUUGUUUGUUUUGUUCUUAAUGAACUAAAUACGAAUAGAUGCAACUUAGUUUUUGUAAUACUGAAAUUGAUUCAAUUGUAUAAACGAUUAUAAUUUCUUUCAUGAAAGCAUGAUUCUUCUGAUUAAAAACUGUACCCCCGUAUUUUAUGCUGGUCGUCUGCAAGCUUGUGCGACGUUAUGUUCAUGUUAAUCCUAUUUGUAAAAUGAAGUGUUCCUGACAUUAUGUUAAAAGAGAAAAGUAAAUAACAGACUGUAUUCAGUUAUUUUGCCCUUUAUCGAGGAACCAGAUUUGUUUUCUUUUUUUGUUUGUAAUCUCAUUUUGAAAUAAUCGGCAAGUUGAGGUACUUUCUUCAAAUGCUUUGUACAAUAUAAACUGUUAUGCCUUUCAGUGCAUUACUAUGGGAGGAGCAACUAAAAAAAAAUAAAGACUUACAAAAAGGA